AUGGAGACAUCAAUUGAGACGAGAAGAGUGUCUUUGGACGACUUGAAGCAGCACAACACGGCGAAUGACUGCUGGAUAGCUGUUCAUUCCAAGGUUUGGGAUAUUACACAUUUUAUUAAUGAGCAUCCUGGUGGUCCAGAAGUUCUGUUGAACCUCGCUGGUUCUGAUGCCACUGAACUCUACAACGAUGUCCACGCACCAGAUAUUAUCGAAGACCUUCCAAGCGACAAACUAAUUGGCCUUCUGGAAGAAUCCUCAAUCAGUCAUCCAGCACCCAAAACCACAGAGCUCGAUCCCGUACCGCCCCCAACAUCACCAACACAAGCGAACGAAGUCCCCUCGACAUCAAAGACCAAAACAAUACCACCAUUAGAUGCGAUCCUUAGUGCUCCCGACUUUGAAAAAGCAGCGCAAGAGUCACUCUCCGCGAAAACAUGGGCCUUUUACUCCUCUGCUGCGACAGAUCUCGUCACCCAUGGGAAGAAUAAGGAGUUAGUGCGGAGAGUCAUGAUCAGACCCAGGAUCUUGAGGAAUGUUUCGCAAGUGAACUACAAGACCAGUAUUCUUGGGUUCGACAGUAAUACACCGUUCUUUAUUUCUCCUGCUGCGAUGGCGAGACUUGCGCAUCCUGAGGGGGAGUUGGCGCUUAGUCGGGCUGCGGCUAACGAAGGGAUCAUUCAAUGUAUCUCGAGCAACGCCUCCUUUUCGUUAAAGUCAAUCGUCAAAGCGGCUCCAUCAUCACAACCAUUCUUCUUCCAGCUAUACGUCAACUCCAACCACGAAAAGACCGUCGAGCUACUCAAGACAGUACGUGGUCUCGGUGUCAAAGCGAUCUUUGUCACAGUUGAUGCGCCUGUUCCUGGGAAGCGUGAGGCAGACGAGAGAGCUGCGCAGGAACAAACUGUCAAGUCGGCGAUCAGUGGUGGUGAGAGCAGUAAGGAUAAGAAGGGAAGUGGCUUUGGACGUCUCAUGGCGCAGUACAUCGAUAAGUCCUUGUGUUGGGAUGACUUGGCUUGGAUCAGAGAGGCCAGUGGAGGAUUACCUAUUGUGUUGAAAGGUGUUCAAACUGCUGAAGACGUUAUUAAGGCAGCGGAGUAUGGAGUUGAGGGUGUGCUGUUGAGUAACCACGGUGGACGGUCGUUGGACGGGGCCCAAGCAAGUAUCUUGGUGUUGUUAGAAUUGCGAAAGAAUUGUCCAGAGGUCUUUGAUAAGUUGGAAGUCUAUAUCGACGGCGGCUUUGAACGUGGCUCAGAUAUCCUGAAGGCCAUCGCCCUUGGAGCUACUGCAGUUGGCAUUGGCCGGCCAUUCCUAUACUCUCUUAUUCACGGCCAAGAUGGUGCCGAGCAUCUUUGCCAUAUUCUUAAGGAUGAGCUUGAGACUUCGAUGCGACUUUGCGGCAUCACGUCACUGAGUGAAGCAAGACCUAGCUUGGUGAAUACGCUGGAUGUUGAUCAUAUGGUGGUUGGUAAUGGCUUCGGGCGUCUGUUGUCGAGGCUGUAG